UACACACACGCAUCGAGGGGAGGGGAAGGGCUCCGGAGGCUUGGCAUGUUCCUGUGUGGACGAGAAUCAGUCCGCGAGCCCAGGAGCGGGAGGGCGAGCCCCUGCCACUAAGGCGCCUCCCUCCCUCGCUCCAUUCAUUCGCCAGCUCUCCUCAUGCCGGCGGCUCCCGCUCUUUCGCCGCCCGUCGCCUGGGACUCCAACCUGUUUGUGGAGGUCACUCUUGGGCCGCCAGCAGCCUGUGGCUUCUUCCCUCCGCCGCCUCCUUGCAGCGUCUGAUGGUCGUUGCUCCGGGGAGGCGAGUCGGAGCUGGGCAGUGAGCGAGGAGGAAGCAGCAGCAGCAGCAGCAGCAGCCCCGUCGCCCUCGCACGAUCUGGGACUUACAAGCCAGGCAGCCAUCCCCGCCCCAUCUCUCACACCCACUGGCCCCGGAGGGAUUUACUUUGUCAGGAGGAGCCCGCGGGGCUGACGCGCCGCUGAGAAGAUGUACCUAGACCCUGAGGCGGCCAAAGGGGCACCUUCUCGUGAUGUCCUUCUGGUCUCAGCCAUCAUCACCAUCAGCCUUAGUGUUACCAUUGUCCUGUGUGGGAUCUGCCAGUGGUGUCAGCGCAAACUGGGCAAACGCUAUAAAAACUCCUUGGAGACGGUGGGAACUCCAGAUUCCAGCCGAGGUCGCAGUGAAAAGAAAGCCAUUAAUGAUCUAGACAGAGACUUUUGGAAUAACAAUGACAACACAGUGCAGCAGAAAUGGAGCUCCUACCCUCCCAAGGAGUUUAUACUAAACAUAUCACCUUACGCCCCGUAUGGUGAUCCACGACUUUCCCUCAAUGGCUCUUUGUUGUCAGGUGCAAAGUUGGCUGCUUCAGCCACCUCAGGAUUGGCUGGGGAGCGGGAAGGACGCCAUGGGGAGAGGCAGCAGCUCCGAGAGGACGGCAUGAAGAGCAGCGUGUCUGCCCACAGCGAGCCCAGCAUUGGGAAGGCGGGGAGAGGUCGAUGGCAAACGGUGCAGAGCCACCUAGCAGCAGGGAAGCUCAGCCUAUCCAAUUUUGAGGAUUCCACCAUGUCCACAGCCACUACCCUUGAGUAUAUCCCCACCUCAGCAGGAGACCCGAAAUGCCAGCGCCCGCGCACCCUCAUGCGCCAGCAGAGUCUCCAACAGCCACUCAGCCAGCACCAGAAACCCAACCACAGCCAGCCCACCACCAGCCAGAGCCUGGGCCACCUGCAGUCCCACACCACCUCCACCAGUGGCAAUCCCCGGGGCUGUCGGACCGCGCAGUCACGGCAAGGGACCUCUGCUGGCUCCAAGCACAGGACAGGUGGUGGUCGUAGCCGCUCCAAUCCUGGGAGCUGGGACCAUGUGGUGGGGCAGAUUCGGAAUCGAGGCUUGGAUAUGAAGUCUUUCCUGGAAGGCCGCAUGGUGGUGUUGUCCCUUGUUUUGGGGCUUUCAGAACAGGACGACUUUGCCAAUAUACCUGAUCUUCAAAGCACUGGAAACCAACAGAACCAGAACUCUCAGGGGGACAAGAGGUUGCCCUCUGGUGGCAAAGCGGUAAACACAGCUCCUGUGCCAGGACAGACACAACACGAGGAUCCUGACCAUAAAACAGAGCCUCGCUCAUCCGUCUCGGACCUCGUAAACUCCCUGACCAGUGAGAUGCUGAUGCUCUCCCCUGGGUCUGAGGAUGAUGAGGGACAUGACAGUGCCAGCCGAGAAAACCUGGGCCGGAUCCAGUUUAGCGUUGGCUACAAUUUCCAGGAAUCCACCCUAACUGUCAAAAUAUUGAAAGCUCAAGAGCUACCAGCCAAGGAUUUCAGUGGCACAAGUGACCCUUUCGUCAAAAUUUACCUCCUACCAGACAAAAAAAAUAAGCUGGAGACAAAAGUGAAAAGGAAGAAUUUAAACCCACAUUGGAAUGAGACCUUUCUCUUUGAAGGUUUCCCGUAUGAGAAAGUGGUUCAGCGAGUGCUCUAUCUACAAGUUCUGGAUUAUGAUCGGUUCAGUCGUAACGAUCCCAUUGGGGAGGUGUCCAUUCCCCUCAACAAAGUGGACUUGACCCAGAUGCAGACAUUCUGGAAAGAACUAAAGCCCUGCAGUGAUGGGAGUGGAAGCCGAGGAGAGCUUCUCCUGUCACUUUGCUACAACCCUUCAGCUAACUCCAUUGUUGUGAACAUUAUCAAAGCUCGGAAUCUUAAAGCCAUGGACAUCGGGGGAACAUCAGACCCCUACGUGAAGGUGUGGCUGAUGUACAAAGACAAACGGGUGGAGAAGAAGAAGACGGUAGUGAUGAAGCGGUGCCUGAACCCAGUCUUUAAUGAGUCCUUCAUCUUCGACAUCCCCACAGAGAAGCUGAGGGAAACAACCAUUAUCAUCACUGUCAUGGAUAAGGACAGGCUCAGCCGGAAUGAUGUCAUUGGAAAGAUCUACCUGUCAUGGAAGAGUGGCCCAGGCGAAGUGAAGCACUGGAAGGAUAUGAUUUCACACCCCCGGCAGGCUGUGGCACAGUGGCACCAGCUGAAGGCCUGAGAGGCAGGAGCCGAGGACUCGCUCUGGGUUUCAGUGCACCAAGUCAACAUUUACUGGCCACACUCUCACUACUACUUUAUGCACAAUGGCUGCACCCUGGUCUCCCCCAGGGGGAAGAAGCUUGGGAAUGACCACAGGCUAAGGGAGCGAACCUGAAACAUGUACUAAACUCUGGGAAAGUGGUAUCGGUGCCCAAUGUGCUGGCUCAGCAGCGCAGAGCAUCACAAGGAGCACCAUUAAUACCUCCUGCUUUAGCCUUUCCAUCAGACUCCUUAUGUAGAAAGAACGAGAGAGAGAGGGAGAGAGAGAGGGA